ACAAGCAAGAAGAAUAUGGAGGAAGUGAAGGUAAUAGGGUUCUGGACAAGUCCAUAUGUUUACAGGGUUACAUGGGCUCUGAAUCUCAAGGGUAUCAAAUAUGAGUAUCUGGAAGAGGACAUUUUUAACAAGACUGAUUUGCUUCUUCGCCAUAACCCGGUGCAUAAGAAGGUUCCGGUGUUUGUCCAUGGAGGAAAAAGUAUUGCAGAGUCCAUGGUUAUACUCGAGUACAUCGACGAAACAUGGCCGCAGAACCCUCUCCUGCCAAAUGACCCUCACGCAAGGGCCGUGGCUCGGUUUUGGACCAAAUUUGGAGAUGACAAGAAGCAAAGCUUUACUAGAUUCUACAAAGCUGUUGGCGAAGAUCUAGCAAGAGCAGUAAAAGAUGCCCAAGAACAUCUGAGAAUCCUAGAAGAGCAUGGCCUUGGUGAGAAGAAGUUUUUUGACGGAAAUGAGAUCGGAAUGACAGACUUAUCUUUUGGAUGGAUAGCAUUCUGGAUUGAGGUCAUGGAAGAAACGGCUGGUGUAAAAGUGCUGGACGUCGAUAGCUUCCCACGCUUGCACGCAUGGAUUAAAAGUUUCAGGGAAGUUCCUGGGAUCAAAGGAAAUCAUCCUGAUCCAAGUCAACUGUUGGCCUAUUUUAAAGGCCUAAGGGAGAAGUUUACGAAGCCAGCAAAUUCUUGAUAUCCAAGUCUCUUAAUAUAUAUACAUGAACCAAACACGAAUAAAGGUUCAAGAGUAAGGAGUCAUAUCAGAUAUAUAAAAAAUGCAACAGCUUGUGUAAUCUUCAAAAACCCUUCAUUAACUGUCGAAUCAUAAAGGUAUUAUGAAAAUGAAUUUGCAUUCACAGUGUA